AUGAACAGCCUUGACUUCGAGUCAGAGGACUUGAGUUUGGAUUGCUACCAGGCUUCGGGCUGGCGGCGGCUGCCGACGGCAUGGUUCCACAUGUUGUUUGUCGAGUGCAUCCACAUCUAUCUGGCAGUUUUCGCUUGGUUCAGACUUGUAACAAACGUCAAUCUGCGCACUGCCAUGGGCGCUCACUUUCAACUCCAGGGUCACCUCGAAGGCUAUUUCUACAACCUCUUCCUGUUUGGCUCUACAGCAUCAACAUCACUUCAUCUGUCCAAUGUCACUGAUACGUUCUUCCUGGGCCAAGAGCAACAGGAGCAGCCGACUGUCUUCUACAAUGGCUCCGUGCUCACACUUCCGUCCACCAGCAUUGACGGAGCCAACAUCCCAUGGAUUGUCCUGGUUUGGUUGCUGCCAUUGGGCGCUGCUUUCUUGAUGCUUCUUCAUCUGGUCCUGCUCGCCCGACGACGUAUAUGGAGCUUCGAUUGCGGGGCAUACCUGCAGUUCAGCUGGGACAUCGUGCGCACGCCAGAAUACAGGUGGUCAGUGGGACUGAUGGCGUUUGCUGCAAUCUUGCUUCCUGUUGUGUGGAUAUUGCAGAUUCUGCUGUUCCAUCUUCCAGACCAGUGGAACGUUCUCAAGGGAAGUGUUCUGAGCGGAUUGCUGCUCUUGUUUGCCUUGGAGCUCGGUCUCAAGAGAAAAAGCUCGUAA